GCGAGCGAAGAUGGCGGAAGGCGGCGCGGCGGAUGUGGAGACGCAGAGAGCAGAGAUCGCGACGCUCCUGAAGACGCCGCUGCGCAGAGCAGACACCUGGUACCUGGUGGACAGUCACUGGUUCAAGCAGUGGAAGAAGUAUGUGGGCUUCGACAGCUGGGACAAGUACCAGAUGGGCGAGCAGAGCGUGUAUCCGGGACCGGUGGACAACCGCGGGCUGCUCAAAGAUGGGGACGCGCUGGGCAUCAGGGAGCACCUGAUCGAUGAGCUGGACUACAUCUUGCUGCCGGCCGACGGAUGGAGCCGCCUGGUGAGCUGGUACGACCUGAUGGAGGGACAGGAGCCCAUCGCACGCAAGGUGGUGGAGCAGGGCAUGUUCGUCAAACACUGUAAGGUGGAAGUCUACCUCACCGAGCUGAAGCUGUGUGAAGACGGCAACAUGGACAACAUCGUCACCAGGAGGUUCAGCAAAGCAGACACUAUCGACACCAUCGAGCAAGAGAUGCGGAAGCUGUUCAGCAUUCCCGACGAGAAGGAGACCCGGCUGUGGAACAAGUACAUGAGCAACACGUUUGAGCCGCUGAACAAGCCGGACAGCACCAUUCAGGACGCCGGACUCUAUCAGGGACAGGUUCUCGUAAUCGAACAGAAGAACGAAGACGGCACGUGGCCUCGCGGCUCUUCGGCGCUCAAGUCAUCUGGUGCUUCCUCUCUCUCUGCUUUACCAAAGAUCUGCCCUUCAUCUCUCACAAACAAUCAUAACAGCAGCUUCAGCGGCCGCAACAUGAAGAGCAGCUACGGCCUGUACAGCAGCACUAGCUACGAGCCCUCGGAUCAGGGCCGGCGCGCGGAGAAACCCGGCCUCAGCGGCCUCUCCAACCUGGGAAACACUUGCUUCAUGAACUCGGCCACACAGUGUCUGAGUAACGUCCCUCCUCUGACCGAGUACUUCCUGAAGGACAAGCACCAGGAGGAGCUGAACGAGGACAAUCCCCUGGGAAUGAAGGGCGAGAUCGCCAAGGCCUACGCCGAGCUCAUCAAGCAGCUGUGGUCGGGGAAACAGAGCUGCGUCACGCCAAGACCCUUCAAGACUCUGGUGGGCCGGUUCGCGCCUCAGUUCUCGGGGUAUCAGCAGCAGGACUCGCACGAGCUGCUGGCCUUCCUCCUCGACGGGCUUCACGAGGACCUGAACCGCAUCCGCAAGAAGCCCUACAUCCAGCUGAAGGACACCGACACACGCCCCGACCAGGUGGUUGCAGAGGAGGCCUGGGAGAACCACAUCAAGAGGAACGACUCCAUCAUCGUGGACAUCUUCCACGGCCUGUUCAAGUCCACGCUGGUGUGUCCCGUGUGCGCCAAGGUCUCGGUGACCUUCGACCCCUUCUGCUACCUGACGCUGCCCUUGCCCAUGAAGAAGGAGCGCACGCUGGAGGUGUAUCUGGUGUGGCUCGACACCCUGGCCAAACCCACGCAGUACAAGCUGACGGUGCCUAAGGUGGGCCACAUCUCGGACCUGUGCGCGUCGCUCUCGGCUCUGUCGGGCGUCCCGGCUCAGAAGAUGAUCGUCACGGACAUAUACAACCACAGGUUUCACCGGAUCUUCGCCAGCAACGAGAACCUGAGCAGCAUCAUGGAGCGGGACGACAUCUAUGUGUUCGAGCUGGCCGGCAGCCAGGACACCGAUCACGUGGUGAUUCCUGUUCAUCUGCGGGAGAAGUACAAGCAGUCGGGCUUCAACCACACCAGCACGCCGCUCUUUGGCCAGCCGUUCCUGCUCAGCGUCCCGCACACCAUCAGCGAGGACAAGCUGUACAACCUGCUCCUGCUGCGCCUCUGUCGUUACGUUCGGCCGGCCGCUGAGGACGAGGAGAGUGAGGAGAAGCUCUCGCCCAAACAUCACUCCAUCAAUGGCAAUGCCACCAAUGGUAUACUGGAGGAGGGGUGGCCUUGUGAGAUGGAAACGGACGAGCCGGACGACGAGUCCAGCCAGGAUCUUCCCUCGGAGAACGACAACAGCAGCCCGUCGGAGGACUCGCUAGGCGGCGGAGACCACGAGCUGGAGAACUCCACCAACGCCACGACAGUCAACGGCCAGAAGAAGCGCCUCUUCACAUUCCAGUUCAACAACAUGGGGAAGACCGACUCCAACUUCAUCAGGGCAGGCGAGCCACGGCAGAUCCACUUCGAUGAGGACCACACGAGACUCAGCGAUAGAUGCUAUCUCUCCUUGGACUGGGAGCCGGAAACGAAGAGGAAAUACUUCAACGAGUCGGUGGCUGAGGACUUCGAUAAGCACGAGAGUAUGGAGUACAAGCCCCAGAAGAAGAGCUUCUUCAAGCUGAAGGAUUGCAUUGAGCUCUUCACCACCAAAGAGAAGCUGGGAGCCGCAGACCCGUGGUACUGCCCCACCUGUAAGCAGCACCAGCAGGCCACGAAGAAGCUGGACCUGUGGAGUGUCCCGCCGGUGCUGGUGGUCCAUCUCAAGCGCUUCUCCUACAGCCGCUACAUGAGGGACAAGCUGGACUCGCUGGUGGACUUCCCACUGCGUGAUCUGGACAUGUCCCAGUUCCUCAUCAACCCCAACGCCGGGCCCUGCCGCUACAACCUCAUCGCCGUCUCUAACCACUACGGAGGCAUGGGGGGAGGACACUACACUGCGUACGGCGAGAACAAGGACGACCAGAAGUGGUACAACUUCGAUGACAGCAGCGUGUCGGCCAUCAGCGAGGACCAGAUCGUGUCCAAAGCAGCGUACGUGCUCUUCUACCAGCGGCAGGACACGGUGCGGGGCACGGGCUACUUCCCCCUGGACCGGCAGACUCCCGACCAGACCACCGAGACCGAGGAGGAGGAGGAGGAUCCGAACAGCAACCAGCAGCCGGAGAACACCCGCUGAGCCCGGCCCACCCCAGCUGCAGAAGAGCUGGACCCUGCCUGUAGUGUUCGCAUGAGUCCACGGCUGAGCGGUUUACACGUACGCUUGUUUUAUCCUGUAGAUAACGCUGGUGAACGAGGGAUCCCAGGCUUCUCCGAGAGGGAAGUUUGCUGUUCCUGGUUUUCUUUCACCUCAGCCUUAACCGCACUCUCCGACUGUUGCCUUUUCUUUGCACAUGUGUGUCACUGGUUUGAGCUCCUGACACGCGUGUGCACUCGCCCGCCCGCUCUCUCUCCGGAGGAUCCCGGCCGUCGCCUUCGGUCUCGAUGAAUGCUCUCGAUCGUGACGGCAAACACAGGCUCUCAUCUCUCUCUGCGGGAACCGGCUGACGGACGGACGGGCUUUAUAAAUACUGUACAUAAGAGUUCACUCCGUGAGUGCGCUUUUAAUAAAUCUAUUUAUUUAUACGGACGGAGGCGGAGUAUGCGCUGAAUGUGGCUUGGAUCCGUUCACAGGAUGCUGAAUCAUCUGUGGGUUUUGUAAACUGAACAUGUCCUUGCAUGAUACGGGGACUCUCGAGUGCCCUCUGGUUUACAUUUGACAUGUGCAUGUGUCUUUAUAUACUGACUUCAAUAAAUCUGGGUGGAGUCUUG